CAACGUCAGUCAACACAACGGAAACUUCCGAGGGGCAAUCGAGCAAUAGCAAGCAAUCGUUUACCAGAAAUCCAUGCUAACUCAUCCACAAAACUUCCAGUCUCUGGACAUUGUCAACUAUUUAUUCUCUUUGAAUAAACAUUGUACGGUAUAAAUUGAUAAACAAUCGACGUAUAUCGAGUGGAGAGACAUCGAUUCUGAUAAAAUCUUGUGUGAUCAGUGAUUGGGGGACGUAAAAAUAUUGUUUGCUGGAAUAAUUGUUGGUGACUCGUGUUUCUGGGGCUGAGGAACAGAAAUGGCUGCUAUGUCCGUCAUUGGAAUUGACUUUGGCAACGAGAGUUGCUAUGUGGCUGUUGCGAGGGCUGGUGGCAUUGAAACCAUUGCCAAUGAUUAUAGUUUACGGGGUACACCAUCAUGCGUUGCAUUCAGCGGAAAAAAUCGUAUUCUGGGAGUUGCCGCCAAGAAUCAGAUGGUGACAAAUAUGAAGAACACAGUUUUUGGAUUUAAGAGAUUACUCGGUAGAAAGUACAAUGAUCCGCAGGUCCAGAAGGAGUUGCGUUCUCUGCCGUACAAAGUAACAGCACAACCAGAUGGGACUAUUGGCAUACAUGUACAAUAUCUAGGUGAAGAGCACAUAUUCACCCCAGAACAGAUAACAGCGAUGCUCUUCACUAAACUGAAAGAAAUAUCGGAGACAGCAUUGCAGACGGCUGUCAAUGACUGUGUGAUUUCUGUGCCCUCGUACUUCACACAGUCUGAGCGUCUAGCUCUCUUCGAUGCUGCAAGAAUUGCUGGCCUAAAUGUAUUGCGUCUGUUCAACGAAACGGCUGCCACCGCCCUGUGCUAUGGCAUUUACAAACAGGAUUUACCUGCACCGGAAGCACCACCGCGUAAUGUAGUGUUUGUUGAUUGUGGUUACGCUAGCCUUCAAGUCAGCAUUGCCGCUUUUCAUAAAGGAAAACUCAAGAUGUUGGCGAGUACUGCAGAUCCUAAUUUAGGUGGUCGAGACAUUGACACGAUUCUUGCAAAUCAAUUCUGCAAGGAUUUCCAGGCCCGCUACAAGAUUGAUGCCCAUUCAAAUGCUCGUGCCUAUCUACGACUUCUCGCUGAAGUUGAGAAAAUCAAGAAGCAAAUGUCAGCUAAUUCAACGAAACUACCUCUCAACAUCGAGUGUUUUAUGGAGGAGAAGGAUGUUCAUGGGGAUAUGAAACGAGAAGACAUGGAGGGCAUGUGCCAGCACCUCUUUAGCCGUGUCGAGGCGACGAUGAAGAAGUGCCUUCGAGAUUCUGGCCUCAAACUCGAGGAAAUCCACUCAGUGGAGAUUGCUGGGGGCUCCAGCAGAAUUCCAGCGAUCAAAAGGCUCGUGGAGGAAGUGUUUGGGAAAACAGCGUCCACAACUCUGAAUCAGGACGAGGCAGUGGCACGAGGAUGUGCUUUGCAGUGUGCCAUGUUGAGUCCAGCUAUCAGAGUUCGUGAGUUUGCUGUCACUGACAUUCAGCCUUAUCCAGUGAAAAUUAAAUUCGACCCCCCAGAGGGCGAGGAUGAGGAACUCGAAGUAUUUUCUUACAACCAUGUAUUCCCAUUCUCAAAGUCUCUCACUCUCAAGAGAAUAAAUCCAGUCUCUCUGAUUGCCACUUACGCCUCUCAGCCACCAAAUUAUCCGACAGCACAUAUAGGCAUUUGGCAAGUGAAAAAUAUCAAGCCCACGCCUGAGGGUGAGCCCUCGAAAGUGAAGAUCAAGGUGAGACUCAACCUGAAUGGGAUCUUCACGGUGACAUCAGCUGUUCUAGUGGAAAAACGUGAAUUGACUGAACAGGAGAUCGAGGAAGAGGAGAAACAACAGGCGAACAACAUGGAAGCAGAGCAGGACAAGUCCGACCAGGCUGCCCAGGCUAAGGAGCCACCGGCCCAAGAGGUGCGCGUGGAUAAGGGCCAACGAGACUCAGACGCUGAGGAUGAUGGAAGAUGUUCCAAGGGCUCUGGCCCAUCCUAUUCCUCCAGGAUUCGAUCUUGGUUCAGCUCGGGCGACGACAAGGAGGAUGGAAAAGGCAAGAAGAAGACCCCAGUGCGCCUGAUUGACCUUCCAAUCGAGGUACUGACGUCAAAUCUCCCCCAGCACGAGCUGGACAUUGCCCAGGAAAAAGAAUGCAAGAUGGUAGCUGAAGAUCGCCAGGAGAAGGAGCGAAUUGACGCAAGAAAUGCCCUUGAGGAGUACGUGUACGAUCUGCGAGGAAAGAUAUCCGACAAGGAUCAACUGGCGAAUUACAUAACCGAGGAGAACCGAGUGCGUCUCAGCAGAACCCUAGAUGACACUGAGAAUUGGCUGUACGAAGAGGGCGAGGAAUGCAAUAGACAGGUAUACCAGGAUCGUUUGUCCCAGUUGAAGAGUCACGGUGAGCCCAUAAAAGAAAUAAAAAAUGAGUACGAGGGCAGACAGGCGGCCUUGAGUGACCUCGCAGCCACCCUGCAGCUGGCCAAAAAGGGAUACGAUCAGAUAAAACAUAGCAAGGAUGAUAAAUACUGUCAUGUCACUGAUGAGGAGCUCAAAACACUGGGUAAUGUCUUCAAGGAGAAGUGGCAGUGGCUCGAGCAGGCACACAGCACCUUCUCCUCAACUCCUCGCACCCAGAUGCCUUCGAUCACUCUAGCACAAGUUCGUCAGGUGAAACACACUGUCGAUACAACUGUCAAUCCAAUUAUCAAUAAACCAAAGCCCAAGGUUGAGCCUCCCAAAGAGGACAAAACGGAGAAGAGUGAGGAUGUCAAGAAUCAUGAGAAUAAUCAGGAUAUCCCGAGCAAGGAUGAUAACAUGGAUGUCGAGUAGAUCCACAUAUUUAUAUCACGUUUCCAUGAAACUAUUAUUGCGGUUAAUAAAUCUGUUCGACGAGUACUUA